AGCACAUGCUGCUCAGGAGGGUAGCAUGGCUCUCAACGUCCCGGGACUCGUAGCCACCAUCAUAUUCUACCUGUUGGUGCUCGGUAUCGGCAUCUGGGCUUCCAUCAAAUCCAAAAGGGAUGAAAACGGGACGCAGGCGAACCAUGCAGACAUGGCUCUGCUGGGCAACAGGAACAUCAAUUUGGUCAUGGGAAUCUUCACCACAACCGCUACCUGGGUUGGAGGGACCUUCAUCAUCGGCACAGCUGAGACAGUGUACAAUCCAAAGUUUGGGCUGAUUUGGGCUGUGAUGCCUUUGGCAGCAACGUUGGCCUUCAUUGUUGGUGGUGUUUUCUUUGCUGAGCCCAUGAGAGACAGGAAGUACGUGACCAUGAUGGACCCUUUCCAGAUCAAGUACGGAAACGAACUGAGUGGACUUUUUUCUAUUGCGCCACUGAUGUCGGAAAUCAUUUGGGUGACAUCAACACUGAUAAGCUUGGGAGUAACCAUGAGCGUGAUCCUGGAUUUGUCCUACGCUGUGGGCAUCUGGAUUUCUGCUGCUGUGGCUGUCACCUACACCCUGCUGGGAGGUCUCUACUCUGUGGCCUACACAGACGUCAUACAGCUCACUCUCAUUUUUGUCACCUCGUGGCUGUGCGUCCCCUUCAUCCUCAUGAGUCCCACCUCCGUCGCCAUCACCACCACAUCUUUCAACCACACCUUUCAGGCCCCCUGGGUUAGCACUCUGACUGCAGACAGAGCCUGGUUGUGGAUCGAUAUCUUUUUGCUUCUGAGCAUAGGGGACCUCGGUUUCCAGGAUUUCCACCAGAGGACAUUGUCAGCUUCUUCAUCAGCCACAGCUAAGUUGCGAUGUUACGCUGCAGCAUUUCUCAUCCCCACGUUUGGAAUUCCUCCUGUGCUCAUCGGGGCAGUGGCAGCAUCAACAGACUGGAACCUAACCUCGUAUGGGUCUCCGUCUCCGUUCGAACGAGGUCAGACAGGUUUGAUUUUACCCCUCUCCCUGCAGCACCUAACUCCGCCCUACAUCUCCGUCAUCGGCAUCGGAGCUGUGGCUGCCGCCGUGAUGUCAUCGACUGACUCCGCCCUGCUGUCUGCAGCCUCCAUCUUCUCCUCGAAUAUCUACAAGAAGAUCCUGAGGACCAAGGCAUCCGACAAUGAGAUGCGGUGGGUGAUUCGUAUUUCUGUGGUUGUAUUCGGCCUGGCCGGCACAUCGCUCACUUUCCUGCACACGGGUGUCAUAGCUUUCUGGAUCCUGGGUGGAGAAAUCGCCUACAUCAUGAUGUUCCCGCAGUUGGUCUGCGUGCUUUUCCUCGACAUAUCCAACGGUUACGGUGCCACUGUGGGCUUCCUGGUGGGGUUCCUUCUGAGGGCUUUGUGUGGAGAGCCCCUGCUACGGCUACCACCAGCCAUCCAUUUCCCAGGAUGCACCCUUGAAGACGGUGUUUACGUUCAGUAUUCCCCCAUCAGGACCAUCUGUAUGCUGGUUGCUUUUGCCACCAUAUUGCUGGUCUCCUACCUGACGGCUCUGCUCUUCAACAAGGGACUCAUACCAGAGAAGUGGGACGUGUUUCAAGUUAAAGUCCAACGGCCACCACAAACACACACACCAGCAGAUGGGGCAAGCAGCAAAGAAAACCACAACUCGCAGCCUCUGUGUGAGGAUGGUGAAGUCUCUGAUCCAAUGUUGGAGUCGAAUUGUUGAAAUUCUAAACUACAUCAUACUGUAACAAUGCGGUAUGACCUCUUCUAACAAAAUACUGUGUAGCUCGUUUUUUAUUCAUUAAUACGAGUGAGAAAUCCGUCAGUGAGGAAGAACAAAAUGUAACGUGAAAGAGGAGCACAAAGGGUGGGGGCCGAUGGCCAAGGUUACAGACAUUUUGCUCUCAGACAUUUAAAUAAUCAAUUUACUUUGGACUACAUUAAGCAUUCUCUUUUGCACAUAAGAAACUCAAUGCCGUGCACUCACUCUUAAUUUAAUAUAGCCUCACUGUAACGGAAAUUUACACAUCUUUUCAACUGCAAAUCAUUAACACGCAUCUUCAUUUUCACUGUGCAGUUACUUCUACAAUUCUGCAAUUUUAUCACAAAAAAACCUGCUUUAAAACCCCAAUAACAGAGUUGCACACCACUGUUUCCCUGGAACAUACUAACCGUGUCCUCAAAAACAGAUCAGCCCAUACAUGUAUUGCGUAAAUGUAACACUUUGUGUGGCAGGAAACAUCUGGUUGAUAAACCCAGUGAGUAAAAGUCUUCAGUUCCACGAAGUGUUCAGUGUGGGUAUUUGUCUGGUGUAAUCGUGCAGGAAAUAGAAACUACUGAAGAAAUGAUUUGGCACUAAUAAAUGUGACGUUUAUUCACAACAGUUGAUACAUGUACAGUUUAUGUUUAGUGUGUUUUACGCUGCUGUUACAUAAGACUAGUAGUAGAAAGGUAUGUCGUUCAUGCAGAAGUUGGGCUGCAGGCUCUCGUAGGUGCAGUCGGACGUGUCCAUGGCACAGCGGCCGCAGCCGCAGCUCAAAGCCACCGGGUAGGUGACGGUCGGGUCCACGCCGGGACGACAGUCGGGAAGCUCAAAUGUCUUGUAGUAUAAGUCCCGGUACGUGCACACAUGCUGGUACACGUUGCUGAAUGGUAUCUGGAUGACGGGGUCCUGGUGGGGACAAACAUAGCAAGGUGUGUUCAACAGUGCUAUCAACCAUCACAUCAUAAGAGGGGUGAGGAACACUGGUCUAAGACAGCACAGCUCAUGUCACAAUGAAGAGACUUUGGAAGAAAUCUACUGAAUUUGUGUAACUCAACUUUGUUUAACUGUCAUGGUAAAUUCAAAUAAACUUUGGAAUGUGUAAUGACUCGAGGAAACGGGACAGACCGUUUCAAUGUUCAUAUGAGCGCCUGACUAUUUCUUUAAGAGAGACUCUAUAAUAUGUGAAGCUGUCCUUUACCCUGCAUCAAAGUAGAGUUUCCAGAGUGUUGCAGCAACAGUCAGUCAGUUCAGAUGGGCGAGGUCAUGCUCCAGACAAAGUAGCAUGAUCAGUGGGGAAAAAACUUGAUGACUCCAUGAACUUGUGACUACUAGCAUGGUGUCAUUUCCUCUUACAUGACGCAGACAUGCACAUUGUUUAAAUCUUCGGGCAUGUAGCAAAGAGAAAGUCUUAUCGGCUACAGAGACGAUAUACGUACAUCUUAUUUUUCCUUUGCCUUAAUACUAUAUUUAAUUCUUUAUUUCAUUAUGUCUGGAGUAUAGUAAAAGCAUAUGCCAUCUAAUUACCUUUGCACUACCAUCCAUUGAUAUUGAAUGAAUUAAACUGAGAGACGGUCACAUGUUGCUUUAUUGUUCAGGUCAUUAAUGUGCUUACUUUGACAUUUGGAAGACAAAGAGGAGAUUGUGGUUGCUGUGAAGCAAGAAUAUCAGCGUGUAUAUGAAAACUUAGACCUGGCAUUUAUUAUUAUAAACCUUUUCUAACCUUUAAAUCUUUGUUUUAGUUCAUUUGUUUCUUGCCUUUUUAAUUCCUAAGACUUGCAUAUUUAUUAUUCACUUUCAUGUCAUCUUAAAUGUUGUGUGCAUCAGUCUCUACUGUUUCAUUUACGUCAGUGAAAUGUGAGUAACAUCUUUAAACAGAGAGAGUUACUGCUCCGAGACUCUUUCCCACACUACCCACAAUACCUUGGUGAUGCAGUGGCCGCUGCAGAUGGUUGUUUCCACUGGGUGGCACUUGGGACAGCCCUCCUUCUCAAGAGACACCGUCUGGUUGAUGGGCUGGCAGGACGGCAGUUGGAAGGCCGCUAGCGAUGGGAAAUGUUGCAAUUUGGUACAAAUAUGCCACAUACCGCAACUUCUUUUUGAUUUCUCACGAGAGGAGAAGGGAACCAUUAGUGCCCCUGCCAUCACAUUAGUGGUGAUGGAAUUGCUUGUUCUACAUUACUCUUUGCAUGUGUAAUAUUCACAGUUCCUGUUAAACAAAACACACUUCUUUUUUUGUCAUUACAUGCCACUUCCACUUUGAUGUGACGAUAAACUCAUGUCUAUUAUGUACUAUUAUGCCAUAUCAAAACUCCCACAUUUGCUUAGACUUUCACUUCACUCUCUCUAUCUUACACCUGUAUCAAGUGAACAGUAUUCACCUCACUUACUAAAUGCCUCUAUUCAAUGCUUAACCAUGAAUAUAGGUGGAUCUUCAUGUUUCGGGGGACUGAAAGUCAAAAACAUCUACAGAAUUUGACUAUGAAAGACUGCUUUCCUCAGAAAUGACAGAGUGCAACACAUUAUGGGAUAAAGUGGAUGUAUGGAAGUUGAUUAAAGCACACAAAAUC